GUGCCUCUCACGUGACGAUGACUCUACUCUUCUUCCCCUAUAUAAAAAGAUGAAACCAACAAGAGUUUUCAUCAUUCUCACUUGUCUUCUUUUUUUUCUAAAAUUCAAAAACUCUACAUUUUCAUCUUAUCAACAAUGGACACUUUUAACAUACUCAAAUUCUGGCGUAACUCCGGCGCAGAUACUUCUUCUUGCCGGGAUAUUGUCUCUGAAAUUGAUGAAUUGGACUACCUACGUAAUCCAGCCAUUGAAACUGAUGAAGAAACUGAUGACGAUACCGAUUCCUUCUUUGAUUUGGUAUUUACUGGCCCUGAUGGACGCCCAAAAUUAGACAACAACAACUCCAAAUCUGUUUCUGUGAACACACCGGAAUCCCCGAGAGAUGUGUUUUUCAAACCAAAAGCUUCUAUCUCGAAGCCUCAAUCUCCGAUUUCAAUACUCAGAUCUGCUCCUAAAUUCCGGGUAUUCUUUUUGGGCUUAAGGAAAACAAAGCUGGAGAAGGUAGGCAUUGACGAUUCUUCUCCGGCCAGUCCGAAAAUUCAAACGCAGAGCAAGCGUUUUUCGGUGAAAUGCAAUGUGGAAGAGGUUCGUGCUCCGGUGAACCCUGUAUUUACCAGAGACAACAGUUUAAGAAGCAAACUGCAGAGCGAGAAAGAGGAGGAGCUUUCCGUUGACGAAUCGUUGAAGAAAUUCGUAAGAGCCGAUGUGCCUAAGUACUUAAAAUUGAUGAAGCCGCUGUACGCCAGAGCUUCAAAAAGGUACACAGACAAAAUCAGGGUUUCACCAUUGUCAUCUCCAUCGGCUCAAUCAAUGUCCUCACCGAGGAAAUCAUCAGAGGAGAAACGAGUUGCUACAUUCGGAUCCGUUCGCAAGCACCUAGGAAAAAGCCGAUCGGCGGCAUCCACCUUUGCCGGAGCUUCACCUUCUCCGUUAAAUCGCCGUGAUGAUUCACUUGUACAAGAGCAAAAUGACGGUAUCCAAGGCGCUAUAUUACAUUGCAAGAGAUGUUACAGCUCAGUAGCAAAAAGUAGCGUAGAUCUGAACCGAUGGAGCAUAUGAAUAGAGAGUAGUAAAAUAGGAUAAUUUUGAUCAGUGGUGUGGCUCAGAGACGUCACUUGUGAAAACGUCCGUCCAGUUCCAGCAAUGAAUGAAAAGUGUUUUGGUUUCUGUAAAGUUAAAAAAAAAAAAAUUACUGUGGCUUCAAAUUUUCAAUUUCACCGUUUCGGUUUUGAUAGUUCAAAUCAUUAUAUUCCCACGAUAACUUAA